AUGGCCGACGCUGGAAAUUGGUGCUUAAUUGAGAGCGAUCCCGGCAUUUUCACCGAAAUGAUUGAAGGUUUCGGUGUGAAGGGAAUGCAGGUCGAGGAACUCUACUCGGUUACCGAUUUGGAUGAGACGCUUCCAAGACCGGUUUAUGGCUUGAUAUUUUUGUUCAAGUAUCGCUCUGGCGACGUUCCAGCUGGCCAAUUCGCCACCGACGGCCGCAUUUUCUUCGCCCAACAAGUUAUUAACAACGCUUGCGCCACACAGGCUAUCAUAAACAUGCUGAUGAAUGUGAAUGAUCCGAACAUCGAACUCGGACCAGUUCUCAAAGAGUACAAGGAGUUCGCGAACGAGUUCGAUGCUUCCACGAGAGGCUUGUGCCUUUCGAACUGCGAGGAGAUCCGCAAAGUGCACAACAGUUUCGCUCGUCAAACUCUCUAUGAGCUCGACCAGAAAGGAGAGUCUUCUGAGGACAAUUAUCAUUUUGUGACCUAUGUCCCUGUGGGAGGCAAGGUUUACGAAUUGGAUGGUCUUCGAGAGUACCCAAUUAUUGCUGCGGAUAUUCCCGAUGGCAAGGACUGGCUUGAGGCGAUUGGUCCGGUGAUCCAGGAUCGCAUGGAGAAGUAUAGCGAAGGCGAAAUUCAUUUCAAUUUGAUGGCGGUGAUUCCGAAUAGAAAGACCAGAUAUGAGGAGGAUCUCGCCAAAUUGUUGGCGAAUCCACCACCAGGUGUCAAUAUUCAAGAUCAGGUCGCAGAGCUUCGACAAGGAAUUGCUGAUGAGGAAUACAAGGCGGCAUUAUAUCGAAAGGAGAACAUCCGGCGUCGUCACAACUACCUUCCAUUUAUUAUUGAGCUUUUGAAGAUUCUCGCGAAAGAAGGAAAAUUGCUUCCACUCGUUGACGCGGCCAUCAAGCAAGCCAAGGACCGUGCUGGGAUUGCUGAGCGGGUUAUGGCCGCCGAAUUGAAACGCAAGCAGUGA